AUGGAUUCACUUCGCAUUCUACUGGUAGGCAAUGGGGGCCGCGAAAACGCCCUUGCCUGGAAACUGAGCCAGUCUCCCCGGGUAAAGUCUAUCAUCGCUGUUCCAGGAAAUGGAGGUACUGCGACUUGCCCAAAGACCUUCAAUGAUUCCAGCGUCAAGGCAGACGACUACCCAGGCCUCGUCGCCUUCGCCCAAGUCAACAACAUCAAUCUCGUCGUUCCCGGCCCGGAGGCCCCAUUAGUUGACGGUAUCGAAGGAUACUUCCGUGCAGCCGGCAUCCCAUGCUAUGGCCCCUCAAAACUUGCUGCACGAAUGGAGGGAAGCAAGACAUUUUCCAAGGACUUCAUGAAGAGAAACAACAUCGCAACGGCUGCCUACGAGAACUUUUCUGAUUACGAAUCUGCGAAGAAAUACCUCGAUAGUAUCGACCACAAUGUUGUGCUCAAGGCGGAUGGACUGGCUGCUGGGAAGGGUGUUAUUAUCCCUACGACCAAGGAGGAAGCUCAAGCAGCAUUGAAGGAGAUUAUGUUGGACAAGGAAUUUGGAACUGCUGGAGACCAAGUGGUUAUCGAAGAAUUCCUGGAAGGCGACGAACUCAGUAUUCUGAGUUUCAGUGACGGGCACACCAUUUGGUCGCUUCCGCCGGCCCAGGACCACAAGAGAAUAUUCGAUGGAGAUCAAGGGCCAAACACUGGCGGGAUGGGAUGCUAUGCGCCUACCAAGAUCGCAUCGAAGGAACUGAUUGCGGAGAUCGAGCGGACCAUUUUACAACCCACGAUCGACGGCAUGCGAAAGGAGCGGAUGAAAAUGGUCGGCACCUUGUUCACCGGGCUUAUGAUCACCAAAAACGGUCCAAAAGUGUUGGAGUACAAUGUUCGAUUUGGAGACCCAGAGACCCAGACUCUCUUGCCUCUGAUGAGCAAGGAUACAGACCUUGCAGAGAUCAUGCUUGCAUGCGUUGCUGGAGAACUGGACUCUUUAGAUCUCAAAGUCGACAACAAGUUUAGUGCAACUGUCGUAGUGGCUGCUGGUGGAUACCCAGGGACUUACGCGAAGGGUACUCCCAUGACUGUGAAUUCCCCAGCUGCAGGAACGAACAUCUUCCAUGCGGGGACAACGAUCCUGGAUGGACAACUCCAGACUUCUGGUGGCCGAGUAAUCGCUGCGCAAGCGACUGCCGAGACUCUGGAACAGGCUGUCAAGGAUGCGUACACCGGAAUCGACUCUAUCAAAUUCGAGAAGAUGUUCUAUAGAAGGGACAUCGCUCAUAGAGCUUUCAAGCAAACUGCCACCCAGGAAGCCCUGACCUACGCCUCAGCCGGAGUGAGUAUCGAGGGUGGAAACGAGUUUGUAGAGCGGAUCAAGGCCGCCGUUGCAUCUACCAAAAGACCAGGUGCUGAUGCUGUGAUCGGUGGAUUUGGUGGAGAGGUUGACUUGGAAGGGGCUGGGUAUCCUGGUGCACCCGUCAUGGUUGGUGCAAUCGACGGCGUAGGAACCAAACUCAUGAUUGCACAAAUCAUGAAAAAGCAUGAUACAGUAGGCAUUGACCUGGUAGCGAUGAACGUCAACGAUCUCGUCGUGCAAGGCGCAGAACCUCUGAUGUUCCUCGAUUACUACGGCUGCAGCAAGCUCAACCCCGAGCACGCCGCCGCAUUUGUUGAAGGUGUCGCCGAGGGCUGCCGGCAAUCGAGAUGUGCUCUCGUUGGAGGCGAAACUGCCGAGAUGCCGGGUAUGUACAAGGACGAGGACUACGAUGCAGCAGGCGCAGCCAUCGGAACUGUGAGAAAGGAGCUCGUGCUCCCGUUGAAGAAUGCGAUGGUUGAAGGUGAUGUGCUGUUAGGGCUGAAGAGCAAUGGCGUGCAUUCGAAUGGCUUCUCUCUCGUCCGCAAGAUUGUGGCGAGAGCGAACUUGUCGUACGAUGCUCCUGCGCCGUGGGACCCUUCAACUUCGACCGGUCUCAGUCUGUUAACGCCAACACGCAUCUACGUCACACCUCUCUUGUCCGUCAUCCAGAAGCGUAUCACGAAAGGCCUCUCGCACAUCACAGGCGGUGGCUUGACUGAGAAUAUCCCUCGUAUGCUGCCCAAUCACCUCGCGGCCGAAGUCGACGUAUCGAAAUGGAGUCUACCACCUGUAUUCCAAUGGUUGAAGAAGGCUGGCAAUGUCUCGGCUACAGAGAUGGGCCGGACGUUCAAUACGGGUAUUGGGAUGGUGAUGGUUGUUAGCAAAGAGAAUGCCGCAGAGGUCGCCAAAGCCUUGGAGGCUGCAGGCGAGACGGUGUUCACUAUUGGCCAGCUGGUGAAAAGGGACGGCGAGGGCUGCGUGUUGCACAACUUGGAAAGCUGGCGUUAG